GUCUCGACCUCAUCUGAUUUUUGCUGUCUUCCUCUUAUAAAAUACGUUUCCUCAGGUUUCUAGAGCGCAGGACUUGUUUCUCCCUGAUAAAUAAUUUUUUCACUUGUUCGACGCCUUAAGUUUCAAAAUGCCUCGACGCAGCUCCGGUGGAAGUUCUGGUUACCGCGCUCGCCCUGCACCAGCUCGCCCUGCACCAUCACGUACCCCGCCUCCUCAAACUGUGAAGCAUGCUCCUCCUCCAGCAACAGCUCAGCCUCCACGCAGUGGUUCUGUUUUUGGUGGUAUUGGCUCUACCAUAGCUGAUGGUAUGGCUUGGGGUACUGGGAAUGCAGUUGCACACAGGGUUAUGGAUGCUGUGAUGGGACCAAGAACCAUUAAGCAUGAAGCCGUUGUUUCUGAGGCGGCCCCCCCUGCUUCUGCUUCCCCUGUUUCUAACAGCAUGGCCUCUUCUUCUUGUGACACUCAGUCCAAAGCUUUCCAGGAGUGUGUGAACAGCUAUGGAAGCGACAUCAGCAAGUGCCAGUUCUACAUGGACAUGCUCUCGGAAUGCAAGAAGAAUUCUGGUUCCAUGGUUUCUGCUUAAGUGCAUCAUCUACUAUCGUGAUCUGCAAUAAUAAAUAAAUUUGUGAAGAAGAGUUUGUUCUCUCUAGUGUCUUUGAUGAAUCAGAAGUUUGAAAGUCUAGUAGUUUUUUUCUUAUUUUGUAAGAUCCGGUGAUCUCCUAUGUCGACGACGAAACCUUUCUCUAUGGAAUAGUAAUCAAAUGCUAAUUGAGAUCUAA